UGUGCAGAGAAAUGAAAUAAGUCUGUUACAUAAGAUAUUUAACUAUAAACAGGUUACGUCCAGCUAUGCACAAAGGCAAGAGAGCCGGACUGGAGAUGGUAGAAACAGCAAAAAGAAAGCGGAAGAGGUCAAAGACAGCUGUGAAAGAAGAGAGAUCACCUGGAGAGGAACACAAUAGAAGUGGCGUCCAAUACAGCAGCCAAACUAGGAAACGACGAAUGCCUCUUCACCGUCCACAUACCACACUUUCCAUGACCCUGCUGAUGUUGUGCUGCUGCGGUCUCAGCUGCUCAACUGGUACGACAAGGUCAAGAGAGAGCUGCCGUGGAGGACAAUGGCUGUGACGGAGUCAGACGCCAACAUCAGGACAUAUGGGGUGUGGGUUUCAGAAAUCAUGCUGCAGCAGACCCAAGUUGCCACAGUAAUAGACUACUACAACAAAUGGAUGACGCGGUGGCCCACAGUGCAGGAUCUAGCGGGUGCUACGCUAGAGGAAGUGAAUCAGAUGUGGGCGGGCCUUGGCUACUAUUCCCGGGGGAAAAGACUUCAUGAAGGAGCUCUGAAGGUGGCGCAAGAGCUUAAGGGACAGAUGCCUUGCACAGUUGACAGCCUGCUGAAACAGCUGCCUGGAGUGGGACGCUACACUGCUGCAGCUAUAGGCUCUAUUGCACUGGGCCAGGUUACUGGAGUUGUGGAUGGCAAUGUGAUUCGGGUGCUGUGUCGCAUGAGGGCCAUUGGAGCUGACAGCACAAGUCCUGCAGUAACGGAGGCGCUUUGGAGUCUAGCCAAUUCACUGGUGGACCCUGAGAGACCCGGCGACUUUAAUCAAGCCAUGAUGGAGCUAGGAGCCCGAGUCUGCACCCCUAAAGGACCAGUGUGCAGCCAGUGUCCUGUACAGUCUCUCUGCCACUCUUACUACAAGGUUCAUGUCAAACAAGAGAACAACUCCAGGAAGCUCUUGGCGAAGCGGGACAGGAAGCUGUCAACCCUGCCUGAUAUAGAAGACUGUAUGAACAGCAGGACAUGUCCGCUGUGUCCCACCGAGCCCUGGGACGACGAGCUAGGCGUUCAGAACUUCCCCAGAAAGCCGGCGAAGAAGCCGCCUCGAGUUGAGCGAACUCUGACCUGUGUGGUGAUUAGACCUGGAGAGGAGGGAGAGGACGAGUACCUGCUCACACAGAGACCAAACAAAGGUUUGCUAGCAGGCUUGUGGGAGUUUCCCAGUCUUGUGCUGGAGGAGAAGAACACUGAGAUGAAACAGAAGCAGGCGCUGUGUGCUGAGAUCAGCAGGAUACUGGGAACGCCUCUGACUGAAAGCCUCCUCCAGUAUGUGGGAGAGGUGGUUCACAUCUUCUCCCACAUCCACCAGACGUAUGCAGUUCACAGUGUGUGUUUGAAGGACGGUGACACACAAACGCAGACUGAAAAUGUGCAGUGGCUCACCAGAUCUGCUCUGCAGGAAGCGGCAGUGUCCACAGGAGUGAAAAAGAUUAUGAAGCUUUGUGAUUCAGUGGACAGUCAGAAAGAACAAACUUCUAAGGAUGGAAAAAGACAAAAGCACGCCGGCAUAAAGAAACCACAGACCUCAAAAAAACCCAAACUGAGUGCAGCCAAUGGCAGCAGCAGGCAGCUCUCCCUCAGCUCCUUCUUCAAGACAGCUAAAUAGGAAUCUUAGAUUCUUGAUUGUGUGUGAAAGUCCUACAUGGUGCCAUUUUAUGCACAUGUGUCUUAUUGUUAAAGCCCCCCCCCUCCUUCUCAUGUUGCCACAUUUAGGUGUUAUUGUGGUCUUAUGGUCUCAUCGCUGGGAAUACAAAAUGCCAUUAAAUGUUGUUAACGAGGUCCGUUUUAAAAUUGUUAUGAAAUGAUAACAAUCUGUAUAUUGAUAUGCCUGUAGGGACUUUGCCUCCACAGUGUACUUUGAUUUGUAAUUACCUCACAAUGGAUCAUGUUUUUACCACUAUAUUAAAGCUAAUCUUUCUAUGAAGUUGCAUCUGGAUCGCAUCCUAACAUUUAUUGCAGUAAUUUCACGUCGGCUUAAUACAUGGCUAACCCACAAUGAAUUGAUCUACUAACAAGCCAUUGACUUCCACUGUUGUCCAAACACAAUUAAAAAAACAUAAACAGGCCAGGCUUUUUUGCACUGGGUGACAUGUUCCUACACAGGCAUUGUAGUUUCUUUUGAAUCGAUUCCACAUAUGUCAUGGACUGCUGCUGUGUCACUAAGGCCCCAAAUGUGUAUUAAUCCACAGCUGAAAAUAGUCCCCAACAAAUACACCAUCUACUCCUGUUUGAGAAACAUUUUCUAAAAACUACAGUGCCCAUGUGCUACAAUUUAGAUUUAUUUGUUAAUGAAACUAUAUUUCUGAGACGUUUUUAAAAAUGUAUGUCUUCAGUAGGAAUGAAUGGGCUUUGAAUUAAGUGCCAUAGACAUGUUAGUUUUUGUCUUUUUAUAAUAAAACUAUCAAAUAACAACUAUUGAAUGAAACCUUUAACUAUAGGAUUUGUCCGCUCCCUAUAAAAAAACGCCCUUCAGCGAGACUUUAUCAUAAUCAGAAGAAAAACAGGUUUAUAUUAGGUUUUCACAUAGAAGGAAUGUGUUCUGGUAUUUUGGUGCAUAAUGGAAAAACAAGUACUGCAAAAAUCAAUUCAUUCAUCUUUUAAACACGACUGUUUUCAUUCCAAAGAUAGCAGACAUUCAGUUGUGUCCCCAGGAUAGCCAAAUAGUGACGUAUUAGAAAUAACCCCAAUGAGUGGGAGGUGUGGUGGUGUGAUGGUAUGGUGAUGUUUAAGCCGCAAAAUCACCCAAAAGCACUCAACUGAAAUAAAACAGGAAAAGAAACUAAAGAGACCAACUGAUGCAACUAAGCAGCAGAUUGAAAUGUAUGUGUUUAAAAAUGAACACAACUUCUUUAAGCUCAUAACCUCAUAUUCUCCAUCUUAGUUGUCAGAUGCUCUCUGUAAUGACAUGUCUUGCUAUGAUGUGUGGCAUUCUAACAUUUAUAGCUGUCGUUUAAUGUUAAUGUUUUACAAGCAGCAUGUAAGAUAUUUGUUGUGUUUAUCACUAUAAUAAAUACUGUAGAGAAAGUAACUUUGGAUAAUAAAGCCCAGACACAAGACUAAAA